AUGAUCCCUCUGCGGCCAUCCCUUCUCAGGAGGCCUCGAGAGGCUCUUGUAUGCUCACAAUGUCUUGUAAGGUCUCGUCCUGUGCGACACGACGCCAUUCGCGGGUUCCUAUCGUCCUCGAAACGGAGGACCGGCACCGCGAAUAGCCAGUCCCCUUCGGUAUUGCACGAAACAUAUUUCUCGGCCAAUCGAUUAUACGACCGAUCAAACAGCAAAGGUGGACUGCUAUCUUCACUUGCAUCUUCCAAUGCGAAGAGCAAUUCAACAGCUUCUUCCCCUCCGACUGAUCCUACCGCAACUGGACUCGAUUCAUCCGCAACACCCUCCGCGGCAAUUGCACCGCAAGCAACUCCAGAAGAACUCCCACAUCGACGACGGAAACGUUUGAAGGAACAAAACAAUGCCUCAAGCAAGGCAGACGGCUGUCUCCCGCUGGAUGCCUCCGCGCAAUUGUCAAACUUCUCCUCCGCCCUCCCCACCACCUCCCUCCGCCGCAAAUUAGCCGCAUAUCUCGCUCUGACGAAACCUCGACUCUCCUUCCUGAUAGUCCUCACCACCACCUCGGCAUACGGAAUGUACCCUAUCUCGUCCCUGCUCACUCUCGACCCAGCCAUGACCCCACUCCCCACCCUUUCGACCUCGACCCUGACAUUCAUCUACCUGACAGCGGGUACAUUCCUCUCCUGCUGCAGUGCCAAUACCUUGAACAUGAUGUUCGAACCGAAGUACGACGCACUCAUGUCACGGACCCGCAAUCGCCCUCUGGUGCGCGGACUCGUCUCGCGCCGGGGAGCUCUGCUCUUCGCGAUCGGCACAGCCGUCACAGGUCUCUCGCUCCUUUACAUCGGAACAAACCCGACGACAACCGCCCUGUCCGCCGCAAACAUCUUCCUCUACGCCUUUGUAUAUACACCUCUGAAGCGAAUCCACGUAAUCAACACCUGGGUCGGCGCGGUGGUCGGCGGAAUCCCGCCGCUAAUGGGCUGGGUGGCGGCCGCCGGCCAGAUCGCGACAAUCGGCCACGACACAUGGCGUGACAUGCUCUUCAGCGAAAACAGCAUCGGCGGAUGGCUGCUAGGUGGCAUCUUGUUCGCCUGGCAAUUCCCGCACUUCAACGCCCUGUCCCAUCUCAUCCGUGACGAGUACAAGGCGGCCGGGUACAGGAUGCUGUGCUGGGUGAACCCGGCCCGCAAUGGCCGCGUUGCCCUGCGCUAUGCUGUCCUCAUGUUCCCCUUGUCUUUUGGGCUCUGGUGGGUCAAUGUCGUCGGACACGGGUUCCUCGUCGGUAGUACUGUCGCCAACGGCUGGCUGGUCCGCGAGGCGUACCGCUUCUGGCAGCACCAGGGCGCGAACGGCACUGCGCGCGGCCUGUUCUGGGCUAGUAUUUGGCAGCUGCCUAUCUUGCUUGUUGGUGGACUUGUUACGAAGAAGGGUCUUUGGGAUGGUGUUUGGAGGAAUCUCUUCGGUCAUCCUGAGGAUGAGGAGGAUGAUUUCUUGUACUACGAAGAUGAGGAAGAGGAGGGUGAGACGGCUAAGCCUGCGGAGACUACUACUACACGUCCGACAUCUCGGACGAGUGUUUUGUCCACUGUGUGA